AUGCCGGGCUUCGACUUUAGCAACCACAACCGCAACCUCGCCCUCCAUGCCCAAGGUGUGCCUCUGCCCAAAGCCACGUCCACCGGUACCACCAUCGUCGGCUGUCUCUUCGAUGGCGGCGUCGUCAUUGCAGCAGACACUCGCGCGACCAGUGGGCCCAUAGUAGCAGACAAAAACUGCGAAAAACUGCACUACAUCUCCCCCCAAAUCUGGUGCGCGGGCGCAGGCACGGCCGCCGACACCGACUUCACCACCGCCCUCAUCUCCUCCAACCUCGAACUCCACGCCCUCUCCACCGGCCGCCCGCCCCGCGUCGUCACCGUCAUGACCAUGCUGAAACAACACCUCUUCCGCUACCAAGGCCACAUCGGCGCCUACCUCGUCGUCGCCGGGUGCGACCCGACGGGGGCCCACUUAUUCACCGUCCACGCCCACGGAUCCACCGACAAACUGCCCUACGUCACCAUGGGCUCCGGCUCGUUGGCGGCGAUGAGUGUCUUCGAGACGAGCUGGAAGCGGGAUCUGAAGCGCGAGGAUGCGGUGCGGUUAUGCGCCGAUGCGAUUCGGGCGGGUAUCUUCAACGAUCUCGGAAGUGGCAGUAACGUGGACGUGUGUGUAAUCACUCCCGCAAAGACGACGAUGAUGCGGAAUUUCGAGCGGCCGAAUGAGCGGGAGCGGAAGAUGAGGGGGUAUAAGUUUGCGCGGGGCACGACGGCGGUGUUGCAGCAGAAGGUCAUCACGAGGGAGGAGGUGAGCAAGUAUGUGACCGUGGAGGAGGUUGAGACGACGGCCACGGGGCAUGGGGAGAAGAUGGACGUGGAUUCGUAA